AUGAAGCGUACCUAUCCCAGUUUCAUUGAGGGAGAGCUUCUUCGGUCAGGCGGACCUAAACAGCCACGACGUGGACCCAAAGGAGGUCUGCCAUCAUAUGAACUCCGAUGCCUUCCGGCUACAACAGACUGUCAACAAUGGCUCGAUAGCUUCUGCGAUCCAUGUUCUGAGAUAGACCUCGACGCUAUCUUCGCCUUGGAAGCACACGGCAUACCUCACAAGGGCCGGCCUGUGUCGUCUCAUCGGACAACGCUGACCUCAGGAUGUCGCCUCUGCCAUAUGGUGAAGUCGAUACUUGACGUAGAUGUCCGUGAACACGAAUACGACAUCCUUCAUAAAAGGCCACUCAAAGGAUGGCACUUUAGGGUUUUCAGUUGUGUGAAGGCGCUGCGUCUUCGACGAUAUCGCGAAGUCUUCGAAAGGGAUGUUGUUCUAGCCGUGACCGCAGGCGAGCCAAUGAGUACGUCCUCGGACUCGUUACCCUGGAUCAACGGGUCACUGCUCAGAGGGUACAUCACGCCAACGUAUUCCGAUAGGCCUUUCACAAACGCCGCGGGUAAAGUUGAACUCUGCGGAAAUGCAGUGGACCAGAAUGAGGCAAACUUCUCACUGUUUCGGAGUUGGCUAGAACAAGACAAUUUUGACCAACGCGAAGGCAAUUCAGCAUUCCAUUGUCAAGUUAUUGAUUGCGACAAACUCGAGAUCAUCCAGCAUAAUCCGGCGACGAGAUAUCUCGCUCUGAGCUAUGUCUGGGGCAAACCCGACAACGCUGACACUCCCGAAACGAACCUGCUGGUCCAUGCUCCACAAACAGUGAAGGACGCGGUUCAGGUGACGGUUCGACUCGGCGAGCGCUAUCUCUGGGUAGACCGCUAUUGUAUCCCGGAACACAAAGACAAAAAGCAUUUUCACAUUACCAACAUGAAUCUCAUAUACGCUGGAGCUUUCGCCACGAUCAUUGCGGCCAAUCCAGGCGUUUCUGACUCGGUACAUUUAGGAAUAUAUGGAGUAUCUAGGGCCCGAAAUCUGCGACCGAAGUUGCAGCAGAAUGGUAGAACAUAUGUCUCAUCACUAGCGCAUUUGUCCUACCACCUAGCCAACUCAGCAUGGGCGACUAGGGGUUGGACAUAUCAGGAGUUCAUGUUGUCAUCCCGUUGCCUGUUCUUCACGGCUGAUCAAGUCUACUAUGCAAGCAUGAACACUCUUCAACGCGAGAGCUUGCUCCAGUACCAAAGAACCCGUGGUCGUGGCAUUCAUCAGACACUAGGGCCGAGCUUACUGAAGCUUAACAGUCAGAUGCACUGUGACAGUUAUGGUGAAAUGGGGGCGAAUUCAAGUUAUAGAUCACAUCUAUCACAAUUCACGCGGCGACAUCUAACGUACGACUUGGACAUACUUGAUGCUUUCCGAGGUGUUUUAGGGCAACUUGCCAAAAGGAGCUUCUACGGAAUGCCUGUUAUCCCAUACCCAAGAUGUUGUGUUGAUCUUCUGUACAGAAAGGAUUUCCUUGAUUCGUACUUCUCGGGAUGCCUCUGCUGGACUGCUGAUAUGACUGAAAAAGAAAAUUAUGCAAGGCGGACACACUUUCCCUCUUGGUCGUGGGCGAGCGUCAGCAGGGUCAAGCAAGCGUUCGUUGAUUUGAGUAUGUGUUCCCUGCAUGCUGAAUACGGCAUCGAACAAAGUGAUGGCCACGUUCUACGCCUCAAGCCACUGGCGGAAAAAUACAAAAAGAUGCGGCAACCUAUUCCUGAGCAGACUCCGUUUCUGCACAUCACUAGUUACCUGAUCCAUGUCGAUCUCGAAUGGAACGGAGAUCACAGAUAUUCGAGGGUAAGGCGCUCACAAGGCUUCGAAGGGGAAGGCAGUCAUACCUAUCAGUGUCUGGAGAACUCCGGAGUCUACAUUGACUCACAGGAAAGGUUAUCGCUGAUGAUCGCAAGUCGAGUGUUGAGAGUCCCGGCUUUGUUCCUCGGCGCGACCUCAGACCGGGGAUUUAAUUACUUCCUGCUCCUCGAGCAUCAAACUUCAUCAUCAAGGCGGAUUGGGUUGCUCGAAGUCCAGGGUCCGAUUGCAGACCAACUGGUUUGGCAUGACCUACGGCACCUCAUGCCUAGAGCGACCAUCCGUCUGGAAUGA